UUCGAUGUUUAUAUACAAGAUUUCACCUGUUUAUCAUUUCUAAAUUAUUCAUGACAUGAUAAUAUUGAUCAAUUUCUUUAUUUGGUUACUACAGCCGUUACUAUUCUUUAUUUGGAUGUGGAGCAAUCAUCUCAUUUAUUUUUAUCCUAUCCUAUCGAUUAAAACGAUUUACAUUGUUAAAUCCUUCGAUUUUUUUAAAUGUUACACCCCCGUUUUAUGACGUUUUAUGAUGAUAACAAUAAUGUC